AAGUCCCAAAAUUCAGCUUGUGCAGUUCGGUUUGAGACUUGGGCAUGAGCGGUGGUUCGAUGACAGAAUGGAGAAGCAUGCGGAUCGGGAGUGAUAAGCUUGUGGACUAGUGAACUUUGAAAUCGCCUCGGUCUUGGGAAGCGCUCCAGGAUUGUCGGAUCAAGAUGGCCUUUGUCAAGAAACUCAUCCGGUAUUUUCCGGCUGUCCUGGUUAUGGUGUGCGUUAAUUUGAUCGUGCUCUCCUUUUAUGGGUAUUCCUCCAUUCUCAAGUCAGGAGAUCAAACCCUUUGUGCAAAUUGUUUAAAACCCCAACCCUGGCACGUCCCGCAUGUUCCAGAGGUGAUGGGUCCGCUGAAGGCGACCACACCCGUGGCCAAAGUCAUUCCAAAUAAUAAUAAUGAGACCCAAUCGAGGUCCACUCGGAAUCAAAACAAUUCGGAGAGUAUUGGACUCUCUGGGAAGAAGAGGCCCGACAAGCCAUGGUCUGUAGACCAAAUGGACAGUUUCCGUGGCUUAAUGAUGGACCGAAAGCAACUUUUGUCCAAGACCUGUGAUAAUUUCCGCCGCAGAGGCAUUUUACCUCGGACCCGUAGCUCUGUGUACCGGAACCUGAUCGUUAUGAAGGAGCGGAAGAUUGUGUGGUGUCCCGUGUUCAAAGCAAGUUCAACCACGUGGCUCCAUUACCUUCUGGAUAUUUCAAGCCUCUCUCAGAUCGAGAAGACGAGGCUCAGAGAAAAGUACAACAACUCGCCUUUAAACAUGAUCUCCAAAUUCACAUUCCGCCCGGUAUCGUCCGUGUACGAGCGCUAUUCAAAAGAAGUGAAAGGGAUCAAAAGUUUCAUCAUCGUGCGGCAUCCUUUCAACCGACUGGUCUCAGCCUUUCGGGACAAAAUCGAACGCUACCACACCCCAGAGCUCAAGGACGACUUCUACUACAAAGUCUACGGAGGGCCUAUUGUGGGUCGGUUCCGCAAGGCUGCUCUAAGACGCUUCGGGUCCGACUUCUUCAGUGAGGCCAACCAUUUCGGAGCCCCUGUGCCCGUGAGCAAUGGGCGCCGCAAUGCCAAACUACCCUCGUUCUGGGAGUUUGUCCAAUAUGUCAAAGCGUGUCGCGUCAGUCGCAUGGAUGAGCACUUUCGACCCAUCUAUGACUUCUGCUCGCCCUGUGACAUUAAUUACGAAACUGUGAUACAUUUUGAAAACCUGUCAGAAGAGUCCAAGUACUUGAAAGGAGUCCUAGAUCCCUUUGGAGCCACCGCUGAAGCCCAGAUAGAGUGGGCCAAUCCCAAUCUGACUGGGCUCAAAUUGGAUGAUUUAACCACCUUGUAUUUUCAAACCCUCUCGUCCGAGGACAUCAUCGCCUUGUACAAGAUUUAUGAGUUGGACAUGAAAAUGUUUGGCUAUUCAUUCCACUUGAAAAAUAUAACCCUGCCUCAGCCUUGAACGAAAA